AUGCUCCGCAAGGUGUCCAUCAACAAUGAGGUUCUCGUUGCCGUGAGCAAUAAGAACCUGGCGCAUGAGGAGGGAAUGCUUCGGUUCUGGAUAGAGAAUGUGCUGAGAGCCGGGGUCAAGAAUGCCGUGGUGGUUGCGCUGGACAAUGAGACCCAUGCCUUUGCGGAAGGCCUGGGCAUGAAUGCCCUGAGGAUGAACCUCAAGGCAUGGAGGGAGGGAGGGGGGUGGUCGAAGGUGCCUGAGACGCAGCUGGGCGGCGGCGGCCGUGGGGAGGUGGGCUCCACCAAGUUCGAGCUGCUCCGGAGGUGCCUGCGCCUGGGCUACUCCGUCCUCCUAUCGGAUGUGGACGUGCUAGUACUCCAGGACCCCUUCAGGAACCUGACCCGCGACUCUGACGUCGAGUCCAUGACCGAUGGGUGGACCCCGAACACAGCCUACGGCUGGAAUGACGUCCUGGAGGACAACGUCAUGGGGUGGGGUCGCUAUGCCCACUCCAUCAGGGUCUUUGUGCUCAACGUCGGCUUCAUCUACAUCAGGCCCACGCAAGCCUCUAUGGACCUCCUGGACAUGGUGAUCCAUCGCUUGAACACCGAGGACGGCUGGGACCAGGCCAUCUUCAGCGAGUGUGUCUUCUCCCCCUCGCGCCCGGGGCACAAGGACCCGUCGGUGACUCGACGAGUCAUGGACUACGAGAACUUCCUCAACUCCAAGACCCUCUUCAAGCACCUCAGAUAUGAGGGGCAAAAAUAUCUGGAACACAGGCCGUAUGUCGUGCACAUCAACUCACACACAGAUAAAAUGGAGAGGAUGCUGGCAUCCAUCCAACGAUAUGUGAAUGGCAACACGACAGCCCUCGACCACUUCCCCAUCGGGUCCUGA